AUGCAUGCAGUAAUACAAAGAGUUAUUAGCGCAAAUGUUAAAGUAAAUCAUCAAAAAAUUUCAUCUAUAUCACAAGGUCUAGUUGUAUUUGUUGGUAUAAACGAUACCAUUUCAGAUGUAGAGAAUCUUACUCAAACAAUCUUGAAACUACGGCUAUUUGAUAGUAUCAAAGACGGUGAGCGGAAAAAAUGGAACCAAAAUAUUAAAGAUAUUGGAGGUGAAAUUUUAUUAUCUCAGUUUACAUUACAAGCUAGAAUAAAAAAAUCUAAACCAGAUUUUCAUAUGGCAGCAAAAAGCGAAGAAGCCAAAGAAUUGUACAUACGUAUAUUAGAAAAACUACGACAAAAUUUAGGUGAUGACAAAAUUAAAGAGGGUAUUUUUGGUGCUAUGAUGGAAGUUCAACUAAUAAAUGAUGGUCCUGUUACAAUAGAUUAUGAUACGCAAUCAUAA